AUGCCGACACAGCACCUCUUCAUCAGUUGGGCUCCUUAUGCGACAGACCCAGGCACUCUCGAGCGACGGGCUGCUCGCCCUGGACACCGAGCCGUCUUGGAACCGCUCAUCGCGUCGGGCAUCGUUAAACUCGCGGGCCCGCUGUGGAACACCGAAGCAGACCUAUCUUGGCCGUACGUCGAGCACGAGAAGUUCGGCUCCGUCAUCGUCUACCAGGGCGAGAGCCUCGAGAGCGUGCGGAGGAUCAUAGAGACGGAGCCGUUCUGGAUCGAGGGCGUGUGGGAUAGGGAGAGGCUGCAGCUGCAUCCGAUGGUGAACUUAGCGUACUUAACGCGGAAGUAUAACGCCCCAGGAAUCGCUGUACGAGACGCUCGCGUGCGCUACGCACGUCAUCCAACCUUUGAUCAGAGCUACGUAUUGACAUCCCAUCUCUGCCACGAACAGUCGCGCAUCCUCCAAGUUCAGCGCUGA